AUGUUAAGCCUUCAACCCUUUUCUGAGUCAAUUCUACCUUCCUUCUUUCCAAUUCUCUUUCAUCGACCACUUUUUCUCUUUUCCAUUUUUAUACCCAAAUCAACAAUUCUACUUUUUCUCUAUCUCUUUCUUCACGAUUCUUCUUCAUCGACAUCUUUUUUCUUCAAUAUAAAGCUUUCAACUUUUUUAUCUGACAAUUCUUCCUUCUUUGAUUUUUUUCUUUCAAUUCUCCUUCAUCGACGUCUAUUUCUGUUUUCCUUCUUUAUACCCACAUCAACAAUUAUACUUUCCCACUAUCUCUUUUUUUUCUUUACGAUUCUUCUUCACCGACAUCUUUUUUCUUUCAAUGUUAAGCCUUCAACACUUUUCUUCACUGUACUUUUUUUACCGACAUCUUUGUUUCUUCAAUGUUUUUCUUCUUCGCAAGUUUUCUUUUUUUUUUUUUGCUCCAUUGUUAAGUCUUUAACUACUCAUCGUUUUGUGUCAAUUCUUCUUCCGACUUUCAAAUUCUCCAUUAUUGAUCUCUAUUUCCUUCUUCUUUCCUUACACUCUCAUUAA